AUGAGGUCGCCACCGCUGAUGUCGCCAACGCAAGCCCCGAUGGCACCGCAAGCAGCCAUGCCACGUCCUGUAAGCAACGAAAUUUUGAGUGCACUAAUAGCAAGAGCAGUGAUCCAAACCGAAUUGAAUCUGAAAACUCGUUUCGUUUCAGGGGAAAUGGUCACACAACCAAUACGUAUGGUUCCAACGCCCCAACAGCCUGUGAUACCUAGUCAAUUUUUCACGUAUGAGCCGAAUCUUCUCAUGAACGUUCAUCCGGAUAUCUGUCUUGCGGGUUGUGUGUUGCACAUGUUCGAUAUGGAUCGAAUGUUCACGGAUAAAUUGGACCUACCAAACAUUGUACUGGCAAUUCGAAUGCAUGGCGGAGACAUCGAAUUUGGUGCAAAGGCGUAUGCGGAACGAGCAGGAGCCAUUACACACGUUAUUGUCGAGUCGAUAAGGACCCAACAUGCGCAUUUGGUGAAGAUUUUUCGUAUUUCCUUUUUUUGUAUUCUCGAAGUUUCUCAUUUCUCUAUUCGUCUCUGCACUAAAAGAUCGCAAACGUUUGGGGUACAACUGCAGUUGGUGGUGUUGACUUAUGAUGAAGGAAACAAAUGGACGUACAUUGGCCAUGUCAUCUUACCGUCGGUAAUUUUAUCAGAUGGCUUAGACCCGCUCCAGCGAAAAGAUGCUCUGCUUAAUAGAGUUCAUUGUGAGCAUGGAACAAUGUUUGAGAGCGUAGUGUUGCAUACCCGUAUACUAUUGAGUCGUCACAAUAAUAUUCUCAUUGCCAAAAGUGGUGGAGUUGAAAAAGUGGAAAAAGCACGUGAAUGGGAUAUUCAAGUGGUGAAUUAUCAAUGGCUAGCUGAUAACUAUGCGGGUCAAAGGGUGGAAGCUGAUAAUCAACGAUAUCAGCUUGGUCAACCAUGCGAGGGUGUCUCGCCGGGUCCAUAUGCAUUAGAAAUGAUUAACGAUCAAUUCAAGCAGCUUCUUCUUGCUUGGAAAAUGCCGGUGAUCGUGACUCCAGAGCAAUGGCGGCGUUCGUUUGACACCAAGCAGGCGGUUGAGAACGAUGAGGGUGUCUUCCCAAAUAAGAAACUUCGAAUGCAAUCAGCUCCUCCAAGUGAAGCGGAAAUCGCGGCAAAAGCCCAAGAGCAUCAAAAGUCCGGCAUUACGCAUCCAGCGUAUGUGGUCGCGUUCAGUGGAAUUGACGAUGAAAACAAGCAUAAACUGCGAUAUCUUGGUGGACGAGCAUGUGAGGAGGUGUCUGAAUGUACCCACCUUGGUGACGACGAAUGGUCGACGAACGGAACGGCUGUUGGAGGCGAUUUGUUUGGGAAAGAAUAUAGUGAACCCUUACUGGAUAAUACGCUCGAUUACUUCCUACAUGACGAAGACCAAGAACGGCAUUUGGGCUACAACUGCAAGCGUAGCGUGGUCAGGGCACGGCACAAGAAGGUGUUUGAGGAUGUUCAAUUCUACAUAACGCCAUCAGUAGAACCAAGUCGUGCAGUACUAACAAAAUUGAUCCGUUUAGCAGGUGGGACAGUGCAUGAAGAUCGCCCAGCACCAGCAGAUAUAGCGCGAUGCAUUGAGACGGACGCGCCAUACAUUGUGAUUAGCUGUGAAUGUGAUCUACGAAUGGUUCAGUACUUACUGGAGUGCAAUUUUCCUGUCUACAACACGGAUAUGGUGCUGAUAGCGCUGGAUGCGUUCAAUGAACUAGGUAGCCGCCAUGCCGUUUACUCGAGUGAGACGGCGUGCUGA